CGAUCUUUGAUCGCACCCAACCUUCACCUUCACAGGUACAGCUAACUAUAAAAGAGCUAUGUCUGCCCGGCAACAUUCACGACUAUUCCGAAUCUAUGCCACUCGCUACUUAUUCUAGCCGCCGGCUGUCACCGGUCUCCUCGUUCAACCUACCUUAACCUCUCCCGGUUCAAGCUACCCUGGGGCAACAUCUAUUUCCAAGUCCUUCACGUGUGCGUCGAACACAUCGAUCUAUAAUACUUGAUCUCCUCAUUCCCUUCGGCCAUGGACGAUUCGGCCUACACAAUGGAUGUGGACGACCUCUUUGGGGACUCCGAGCAGGUAACCUUGCCCACCAUGCCUGUCCCUGCAGCCAAAGGACUUGCACGCAGGCUGGAUGACCUCAGGACAAUCGGGUGCUGCCAGUAAGUCGGCCCAAUCGACAUUCGAACACAAAGAGGGAUGCUUGGGCACCACAAUGGAGAUUUAUCGUCGUAUAUGGUGCUAAUCCUGAGCAGAAAGAUUGCCUGGUCCAACACCGGAUGUGUGGCAUCUAUCUCCCCUGACGGAUAUGCAGUCUACCUCAGAGUCUUCUUACGAGAUCCUUUGACCAGGGCGUGGAGUUUGGGGAAUGAGACUCAACUCGAUUUCAACAAUGAGACGGGCACCUUCCAGUUUGUGCACCUAUCAUGGAGCCGCCUGGGGAACGACUUGGUGGUCGUGGACACGGCUGGCCGCGUCUUUCUCUUUACCUGCCAGAUGGUUUUAGGACGCAUGGUGCCGACGCGAGUUGAAACAACCCAAUCCGAGUCGGAGCUGGAUGUAGUGGUUGGGAUGCAUUGGCUUUCCAUAAUUCCAUAUGAGAAGAAGAACCAGAUUGUCUGGUCGGCUUCAAGGGAGAAUGGGUCCUGGUCUUUUAAAACCGCUAGUCAUGUGUUCAAUGAUGCUCACCACCCUCUCGAAACCAAAGCUUCCUUGAUAUAUCUGAGGAGGUUCGGCGACCUGCGGUUGCGGUAUCAACAAGCUGAUUCGUCGUGGCAUGAAGUCUCCCAUCAGACGAUGGUAGUGUUAUCCGUAAGAGACGCAUUCAGCCAUGCCGCAUUUGCGUCAAAUGGAGACAACACGCUUCUACUCGCAGCAUACGACAUCACUGGGCGACUUCAUCUUUACCGCAUUGAAGUGAAUUGGAACGUGUCUCCAUCAAAGUCUGGACAACCCAGCAGGAGUGUCGAAAAGCCCGAACUGUUAGUCAGUAAAUUGGCCACGCAGGAGCAGUGUCUUCCAGUGAGCGUACCAAUUGUGGGUGACAGCAACCACGGAGGGCCCUCGUAUAAGCUCCGGAUUCCAGCUCAGCUUACGCAUUUGCAUUUUCUUCCUACAUCGCCCGACCAGGGCGACGGUACGGUACCUACCAUUCAGGCCAUCUUCUCCACAGCCCCAAAUACUCUGUCCUUGGAUCAGACGCAGCCCUCUCCCGCUCCUUACAGUAUUCUGGUCAGAUGGGAGGUCCACCGCUCCCUGGAAAACCCAGUCGACCCGAUCUGGGACAUCGUCACAUCAAAGAAAAAGAACGUCAGCGAUGUGCCAGCCGUAGAAGUCUUCAAACUCAAAAGAUUACCAGAUACUGCCCUUCAUAACACAGUUAUAUCAUUCUCCCCACUCUGGUAUAGUAUGACCCUCGCCUACUGCUAUGCUGAUGGCACCAUUGAACUCCGGAAGAGAUCCACUAUGGAUGUCUUACUGCCAAAUUACAGUACGGAUACCGUAACCUCACUUUCCCAGGCGGGUUUCACGUUUCCCACUGGUGAAUCGUCAAUCCAUGUGGCGCUGUCUCCAAACCACUGCAUCGCAGCUUGCAUGCAACAGGACGGAAACAUCAAGCUCCGGUUAGCCGAAUACGCAUAUGGAUCCUUAUCUUCAGAUGAAGAAGACGAAAAGCACUCUGCCGCUCUUGCAGCAAUUGCUCUACAAUUCGCUUCGGCAGCAAAUCAAUACUUCUCCAACGAUGACCUCUUCGCCGUCUUGGGUCCACUGACCGAACGACGGAAGGACACGUUCAUACAGCUGAUCUCUCAAGCCGUUCAUCUGAACCUUGACUGUAGCUCCGAGGAGCCCGGUAACAACCAAGCUUUGGUGCUGUUGGGACGCUCCCCUCACUUUGUCAAAGUCUUGUCUGCGGCUCACAUCCUUGGCUUCCGGGACACCAUUGACCGCACCUUCAACAGCAAGAUAGCCUGGAUCGUUCUGAACAUCAAAUAUGUAACUCAGAUUCUCACUACAAUCACUCGCCUCGCAUCGCAAGAUAAGAAUAUGCUCCGCCCCGAACUCGUCCCCCACCUCGUCGGCCUCAUCCGCUGGUUCGGUAGCUUCAUGUGUUAUGUGCUCGACGCCCUCGUCGAAUUCGGACUCGACUUUCGAAAAUCUCCCCCGGACUCCCUGGACCGCUCCACCCUAGAAGCAAAAUUCAUCGAGAAAAGCAACCCCGCCGUACUCCUCCUCCUCUCCUCCUUCCCCCGCACCAUGAUGAAACAUUGUACACAUGCAUACAACUGGGUUCUUCAGUCUUCCUUACGCAUCGCCAACUCGUCGGCCGGAAUAGAAAUCAAGGAUAUCUAUCUGCCGCUCCAGGAGGCGUUGAGCGAUCUCCCGUUCGACUGGCGCAUCUUCGACAGCGUCAUCAACGAAGCCACAGCCGCGACUCGCCAAUGCUACCGCUCAUCCAACACACCCGACUCGGCGCGCAACGCCAUCGAGAGGGACUUGCUGUCCGGGCGACUCCCCGACGUGCUCUUCCCGGCGGCAAAACGCCUCGUCACGGAUUACCUGUGGAAUGACGAGCAGCCGAAUGGGUGUUUGGCGGACAAGUUCGACAUGACGACGGCGUAUUUUGCGGAUACGCGGUGGUUGGGCUUUCAGGACAGCGCGUGGGGGAGGGAGUGGCACGCGAAGCAUGUGGUCGAUGUGUGCCAGAAGGUGGUUAUUCGGGGCUUUUCGGCCAAGUUCCAUCAGGAUUUGCUGUUAUCGACGUCGAGGCGGGGCAGGAGCGAUGGGAGUGGUGGUGGUGGUGGUGGUGCGGCGGCCGGUGGAGCUGGAAGUGGAGCUGGAGCGUCUGGGAGUGCGGCGAAUGGAGCCGAGGAGAAGAAGGUUGCGCCGAAGGAUAGCCUGAGGAGGUGUACGAGGUGUGCGGCGUAUAUGGAGGAUGUGCUGGUUGGGCGUCGCGGGUACAGUGCGCAGCAUGUCGGGUGGCUGGCGGGGAUUGGGAAACAUUGUAUUUGCGGGAAUGCGUGGACUUUGGUGGAGAAUCCGUUGGUGGAGAGUAGUCAGGCCGGGGUCAGGACGGGUACAGCGACAUUGUAGCGUGGUGGACAAGGAAAUGAUGAAGUUUGGAGUGCGGAGAAUCAAUUGAGAAAUGCGACUGGGGUUGUGGGAAGAUAGAUGAGCCAUGCCGAGAAUUGUCGAGAAUGAGUCCAUGACCAUCUGCCAAUCAUAUAACAGUCUCCUCAAGACACUCCUACACUGUUCCGUCCAUUGAGGGAUUCGAUGAUUAGCUAGUCAUAGGCCUAUUUCGGUAGUGUUUGGGGUCUGCCGAGU